AUGACUGCUGUUGUUGCAGCUGCAAGGCCUGCCCUGGUAAUCGUACCUGGGAACUUCAGCUUACCUCGCUUCUGGAGCGCCAUCCAGCGGUUGGUUGAAGACAAGGGCUACCCCGUCGAAGUUAUUCCGCUCCAAUCUUCUCGUGAAGUAAGGAUUGAUCCUGCGCCAGGUUUGGCCGAUGAUGUAAAAGAGGCGCAGUCACUUCUGAACAAGCACAUCAACCAAGGAAAGGAUGUUGUCAUGCUUAUGCAUUCAUAUGGCGGUAUGGUCGGAACUGAAGCAACUCGCGGCUUGGGUCGCAUUGAGCGAGAAAAGGCAGGUUCAAAGGGUGGGAUAACUCGCUUGAUCUUCUGGCUGCUAUCUUUGCAUCUCCUGGCAAAAGUAUUAAGGGGCUAUACGAAACGAACCCGGGUCGCUAUCCCCGCCGCGAGGUUCGGUGAUUAUCUUGUUUGCGAUGAAGAAACAGCUAUGUGCUUCUACAGCGAUCUCAUAAAAGGGGAAGGCUUGCCACUAGCCCAGGGCGUUUCCAAGAUUUCUCAGGCCUCUAGGGUCUUCGGCGAUGAGCAGACAUACGAUGGCUUCCAUGGACUGAUUCCAUCCAGUUAUACACUGACUAAGAAGGAUGUGAUUGUUCUCGAAGCGGCUCAGAGACAGUUCAUCUUAUGA